AUGUCCAUGUCCAGUUGUUCCGGAACAUACAACGUCUCUGCGUCUUUGCGCGUGCAGCAGCUGGAGACAGAGCUAUCCACUCAGUUGGAAGCCCUGAGAACAGAAAUAGCUGAGAACGGGUGUCUGCAAGGAGCAACUGCAAAGUCUUAUUGCUCUGUACAGAUUCCCAAAGACAUUUCAUAUUUUCGCGCGGAGAGAGAACAAACUCUGAAACGACUCCUGCAGGUCCCUGCUGCAACACCUCUUGUGUCCCAGGCUGAGAUCACCCAGCAUGAACUGCAGAGCUGCAUCAGUCGGGAAUACACACCUGAGAGUCUUCCUCUCCUGCUGCACCAGCACUACCUGGAUCGUGCCCACCAGUUGGCCUUGUGUAAGCACCUCCUAAUGUUAAGAUGGAGGAGAUUCUGUCGCCACUCUACAGUUUUAGAGCGGCUGUUUCCCUUCUACAAGGAUCAGAUGCAUCAGCUGAUGCAGGAAUAUGAGGAUGCGGUGCAGAGAGCACGCAGGCUGGCUGUGACCAGAGAGAGGCUCCUGACCAACAGCCAGGGCCCCAACGUUGCACUCUCCCAAGAUGAUGUAGUCAUAUACCUCCAGUGGCUGGUGACACACCUCCACUCCCUUAAGACCGUCCACAGCUUUCUACAGGUCCUCCAUUACCUCCCUGUAAGCGAGAGGAAACAUACAGAGUCACCAGCAUCUCAAGUGGACAGUGCUUCCCCUGCGAAACAGUUUGCAGGAGUGUCUUCAGCUAAUGGACUUCCUGUUCAUGUCUUGGAUAAGCAGCAGUUUCAGUCACAGCUUCAGCAUCUCCUCAGCCACUUCCAGCUACAGGCUAACAUCCAGGAUAUCAGGACACCUGCAGAGGAGAUGGAGCUCUUUAGACUGGUAUCCCAGGAGUUCGGUGUGAUCUUCAAGCAGCAGCAGGAGGGGAGGGCCUUGGUGCAGUACGACAGCACUGAGGCCGUGGAGAGGCAGCUGGGCAGGAGGAGCUGUGAGCCAGCGCUGAGGAAGGAAGCCAACUGGAUCCCCUUCAUUCAGAUAAGGCCUAAGAUUGACCCUUGGCAGCAGAAGUCCAUUACCAAACUGAAGGAGCAGAAUUUUUUGGAUGAGCUACUGCGGAAUCUGUCCAAGUCCUGUUGGUUGCCAGAUCCAGACCAAGCAGUAGAAUGUCUGAAGCAACACACUUACUCUGCGAUGAAGCCUGAGAGUGUGGAGCACAGCAGUGGAAGCAGAAACUCACAGAUAUGGACAAAUCUGUACAAUAGUGUUCCUACUCCACAGGAUUCAGUAGGAAAAUGCAGUGCAUCAUCUCUGAAGAAGCCAAAGCUUGGUACGAAUACUGAGCGAUUGGGUUUUGAGGAGUACCUGGGAGAUGGCGAUGUAGAGUGUUCUGAGUGCAGAGGAGCGUACCUCUCCCUGGUGCACCUGCGCUACCUCAGGAUCCGGGAGCUACAGGACGAGUGCCUUAAUAUGCAAAACUACAUGCGAUCUGUGGAGAGGACUCUGACCUUUGACCUGGCAGCUGUGGUGAUGGAAGGAGGGGAGCUGCGGAGCAGGAAGGAGGAGUGGGGCUGGAUGAGUGCUAUGCGGAGGGACGUAGGAGGACACAAGAGUGGCUCUAUAGGCUCCCACCACCAGAUCUACAGCACACCUGCAGACUACCAGGUCCACUGUUCAGAGUUCAUGGAGUUUCCUGAGGUGGAAAACCACCACGACUACUACAGUGGAGAGGGGCGAGGUGUUCGCACCCAGGACCAGCGGGGGCUGUUUGUGGUGUACGACGCCGCCCUGGAGGACCUACAGGAGCUGGAGCACACACUACUGCUCACCGCCUCCAACCUCAUCCAGACAUGGAGCACAAAGCAGUGUGUAUCUGAGGCGGGUCAGUCUCGGCUGGACCUGAACUCCUGGGCCUCCCCUGAGGUGGACCGCCUGGCUGUCUUGCUGGAUCUGUGGACGUGCGAGGCGGCAUUUAUGGAGAAUAAGAUGCAGCUGCUAAACUGCUACUUUGAGGCAUACCAGCAUGUAACCGACUGUGGCGAGAGGCUCGCUAUGGCCCAGGUCAUCACAGACAUCAUGCACCGUAGGCCUCGACUGCCUCAGGACGGUUACUUGGUCCAGGCCUACCACGACGAGAUGGCCUGUCUUCAGACACACCAGCAACUCAUCAAACACAUUCUGGACCGACAGAUAGAAGAGCAGCGUUGCUACCUGCGGCGAGUGUGGAGGAGAGGUGGAGGAGGUGCGGCUGCUCUGGGCUUUGGCCUGCCGCCAGACUACACCCCCAAACAGCCGGUCACUCUCUGUGGAGGCAGCCCUGCCCUAAAGAGUGUGCAUCUUCUGGAGGUCCACCCCUCUCUGUACCAAGCUCAGCAGGUGUACCAGGCCCUGAAUAAGGCCCACGCUGAGCUGUGCCAGUUGACUGGAGCCAAGGGAGCAUCAGAGCAGGUGGCCCUGGAACAGAGGGUCCUGAAGCGGGCACUGCACUACUGGCACACCCAGGCUUCACUUGGGGCCUCCUAUGGUCCUCAGAUACAGAAAGAUUUGUUUUCUGAGGUGUUUUUUGAGGAUCCCCUGCUGCUGAGAGACGUGGGUCUGAGUGUUCUGCGGUCAGCAGAGAACAAGGAGUUUAUGUCUGAGAAGGACAGACAGCUCCUCAGCGUGGAGACCUUCUCUAAGCUUCUAGAAGUGGUCACCGUACGCCAUCGACUGCUGGAGGCAGCCGUAGAGACAGAGUACCUUGCACAGUUGUACAAAGCCUUAGCUGUGGAACUGGGCUAUGAGGAGUUCCACCUGUACCUGCGGCCGGUGCAGUUUGAGUUUGCUGUGAUGAGGGACAUCCCCGAGCAGAGGCCCAUGUUCAUCACCGCGAUCCUGGAGGACAACUUCUGUGUCGACAGAUAUGCUCCCUCCAGUCUGCCUCUGGCCAUUCAGGAGCUGGAUGCCAACCACAUUGGCAGAUUCAGCUUUCACUCUCAGGAGGCAGUCAUACAACUCCUGUCGGGGUCAGAGCUUGAGAACCUGCAGGUGGCGCUGGCCUGCCAGGUGACGCACAAACACGCCCUGACGGCAGCCAUCAAGCAAGCCUCACUCUGCUACUGGGCUGAGGCCGCAUCACGACCACAGGAGGUAGGAUUGGCCCUACCGUGGCCUACUGGUAGGGCACUCGUCUACUAUGCGGCCGACCCGUGUUCGAUUCUGGCUUGGGUCCUUUGCCGACCCUUCCCCGUCUCUCUCCCGAAAUGGGCUGAGUUUUUUUUUUGUUCCAUCUUGAAGAUUCAGGAUCAGUCUGAAAGCAAAGAGCCACAGGACACCAAGAAGACCUCCAGUAGAGGCCUCCAGACGCCUGUCUCAGAGUCUAAACACAGGCUUGCAGGGUCAUUUGUGUCUCUUCAACUGGAGAAGACACGGCCUCGGGAUGAGAUGCUCAAUGCCUACAUUAAGAGGAGAGAGGCCACGGGCACCCUCAUGCAGAACCUGGAGGAAGCAGCGAAAGUCAAGAGAAAGCUGAUUCUGGAGUUCUGUUCCAAGUUUAGUGCGAGCAUGUCUCAGUACUGCAUCAGAGCCCAGAUUGUAGCUCUGUACCACAGCCUGUCAUCACUGCUCAGAGAGUUUCCUGCCAUCUGCCAAACUCACUUUAUGAUGGGCCAACCCAGCCAAGCAAAAUCUAACCAGGACGCCGAGAAGACACUUAGAACGGACCCCAGACGUCUACUGUCCGCUGAUGGGACUGUGCUCCUCAACCUGUGGUUCCUGCCCCACUAUGCAGAAACACUGCUCAUGUUCAGAGAUUUGGCAGAAAAGGCAUGCCAGAGGGCCCUCGAGCACACGCUGGAGAUUGCAUCUGCCCUCCAUGACAUUGUGUGCUACAGCGUCACCUUUGCUCGUUUGGGGAGCUCUGCAGCUCUCCUCGCCGCCAGCCAGAGCACGCUAACAGCUGACUGGGGUGGAACGGAGAGCAUCAGUACUGAGCUGUGGAACCUCCAGCAGCAGGUGGACUCUCUUGGUGACCAUCGCAGCCCAAAGGUCGUAGGUCAUCUGCUGCAGCUGCGCAGACAAGUGCUCUUCCUGCUCUUUGAUGCCGCCACACGUCACACGAUCAGAAAAACGUUCCUGUCCACUGGCAACAUAGGAGCCUAUCAGAGUGUCAGUGACAACAUGGGACACGCCCUCCCUUUGUUGAGUGACAGACUCACAGGAAGUGAGCAGUCCUGCGGACUGCCCCUCCCCCAGCCACUGGAUCCUCACAGCCCUCAGGCACAGAGGCUGUUCCCUUGGAGGUGGUUUGUGUCUCGGCAUGGACGUCAUCCCCUGGAUAUUUGGGAUGUUCCACCCAUAGAGUACUGCAUGCAGCUGUGUGUGAGUGGGCUGGGCGAGCGCAGUCGGCAGGUGGCCAAUGGGGAGCUGCUGGGCGUGUCCCUGCUUCUGGAGGAGGUGCUGAGUGGAGCGCAGGUGGCCCGGCCUCUGCAGCUAGACACGGAGACGAGGAGGAGCAAAGAUGCUGAUGCUGAUGCUGCUACACAACAUGACAACGUAACCCAGGGGCUUGAUGACGUUGCCAUACCUGAGGAUGGGGUAGGCAGCGCUGGGAAGAUGAAGAGGGACCCUGCCUUCGUCCUGGAGCAGCAGAGAGGCUUCCUGUUGCUGUGGAAACAGCUGGAGGUGCUGAAGGAGUGCUGGGGCUGCCACAGGCUGGGGGUGCAGCAGAUCCACAGCACCACCCUCUACCGACACUUCAACACACUCUACAGACAGGAGAUCCAGCUCCCCAGCAUGAGGGCCCUGGCCCAGCAGCUGGGCUGUGAGCAGCACUAUGAGGCAAUGCUGCUGCUGGACAGCCAGGCUCUGUUGCCCCCUGCUGGCGCCUCCGAGGUACAGCUGAAGACCUGGGAGCUGAUGAAGCUACUGGAGAGCACAGAGUGUGACAUGAUCAAAGCAGUGCAGUGGAAGAUGGCCAAAGAGAUGACACUGCUGAUGUCAGAAAGAGCACGGCAAGACACUGCCCUGCCUACAGAUGUGUGGAAGAGGGGCCCCAUGAAGCACUGCCCGACACCAGAGAGGCCGCUGGUAGUGGAAAACUUCGCCCAACAGCUGCUGUCUGGAGGACAGAUAUCUGGAGACCAGGUCACCUUCUCCAGUGGACACCUCCAGGAGUGUUUGAACUUCCUGCUGCGCGAUGUGAUUGGUCGAGAGCGUAGCAACUUCCUGUUCUACUCGCAGUUCUAUGAGCACCUUCUGCAGCUGGAGACGCAGCUGCUGCACCAAAGGGAACAGGAUGUGAAGAACCUGGAGGAAAAUCAGAUCCUGUCCAAUGACCCUCUCAACAAAGUGACUGGUGUGUGUCGGGGGCUGAUGGUGGAGGUGACGGCCCUGAGGUGCCGUCUGGUUCAUCUGGAGGAGGAGCACAGAGGCCUGAGGCAGCAGCUCACCCUUCAGCACAGGCAGCACUACGACACGCUGGUCAGACAGCUACUCACCACCUGCCUACAACUCAAGUCACGGCUGGAUGGUUACCAUCAGAAGAUGGAGGAGGACGUUCUGCAGAUGGUGGGUCGAGUCCGCAGGGAGGGAGUGGACAAAAUCACCAAGCUCCAGAAGAAGUACGACUCCUCUAGAGACCCAAAGGAGUUAGCUGACACCCUGGUUGAGAAAGAGAUGCAUCUUGACCUCCUCACAGAGAAUUCUCAGCAGAGGGUUGUGAUGAGGAAGCUACAGACUCUGGCUAAAUGGAGGGAAGCUACUGCCCUGGGGAAACUACAGCGGGAACUGCUGACCUCCAAACAGAGGGAGCUGUGUCGGCAGCUGUGCUGCAUGAGGGUGCAGAUGGAGAGUGAGCAGCAGGGGGCGCUGCAGCAGCAGGAGCUGGAGGCCCUGAGGGUCGCUAUGGAGACCAGCCAGAGGGAGGUGCACAUCACCAGGAAGCAGCUCAGCCAACAGAGCCAGCGUCUGCAGGAGGUGCAGCACAGCCGUGCCCAGGAGAAGCGCAUGCGUGGCCAGCUGCAGAGCUCCGGGCAGCAGAGUCUGCAGCGUCUGCAGGAGGAGGCAGAGGAGAGGGAGCGCCUCAUCAAGCAGCUGACCGAGCAGCUCAGCUCCGGGCGCAGGCACAGCCAGCUUCAGCAGCAGCACAGCACCAAAGAACUGCAGCAGGUGAGGAGUAAACUACAGCAGGAGCGUGGUCUAAAGCAGGAGGCCUUCCAGCUGGUCAGUCAGCUGCAGAGGCAGGUGAGCUCAGGAGGAGGAGGGAGGAGUCUACUCAGCUGCUCCGCCUCCACACCAGUAUAG